AGUUUAUCGGGGCGUCAAAGCUCGAGUGAGCCACCAAUGUUCUCGCUAUUGAAUCGGUCCUCCACCCAACGAAUAUAAUACUUCUCCCCUUUGCUUUGGCGUUCUUCCUGCGUUUUCUUCAAGGUCAUUUCAUCAAGCGACGUUGUUUUGAAGUGUUCGUAAAGUGCAUUUGCUCCGAAGAUGGGUGAUGUGGAACCAGUUGACCAAAAGAAGUACCUUGAAGACUCUUCCAAGCCCAAGUGUGUUAGACCUCUCAUUGAGUAUCAGGCAUGUGUGAAAAGGGUAGAGGGAGAUCAAAGUGGAGAAAAACAUUGCACUGGACAAUACUUUGAUUAUUGGCAUUGUAUCGAUAGAGCUGUUUCACCUAAGCUGUUCGACAAACUCAAGUGAAAAAAAAGGUCUUUUCGGGGACAUAAAAAUUCCAUGUUGCUUUUUGGUUUGUUAGAAGUAAAUUCUCAUUUUCAUGGAUUUGUAGUUGAAUAAGUAGCAUCUCCAUGGCAAAAUCCUUUGAUUGGCAUUAUAAAAUUGACCGGUUGAUUUGUCAAUAUGAUUCGGUUUUACCGAACAGUAAUUAAGUUUGACAAUUGUUUCA